UUUCAAAGCCUGCUCGUAACACAAGGGAACAGGAGGAAUGCUUCAGCUUGGGAUUUACGUUUUGCCAAAUCACUUUGAAGCCAAAUGAACACCAGAUUUUCGCUGCGCUCGUUUCUCCGAGGAGUAAUGUAAUGUGUAACACGAUCGGGACAGAUCCGUUGGUAUUCGCCCUGAAGCACCUGAAGCGCUGGCGAAAUGUGCGUUCAUCCCCACUGUAAACAAAUGUUGUGAGAGCAGGGAGAUGAUGAAAACAUGUGCUAGAGGAAAGCUUGCAGGCUGUCUGCUUCCUUUUACGUUUUACAUUUUUGUGGUCUGAUUGUAGCCAGUGGAUUUAAACCCUCUACUUAAAACUUUCAAAGAUCCAGACACUUUGCCUUCUGCAGUUUGUAAUCCGAGAGAGCGAGUGAGAGAGCGAGAGAGGGUCUCAGUCGAAGAUUACCGGUCCUUCCAAAGAAAUCCCAAGGAUGUGUAAUAUGGACAUUCUGAACUACUAGUUUAUCUGGUGCAGCGCGUUGAUAUAUAUUCGAGGUUCCAGCAUGAAAGCUGCCAAGAAAAAUUAGAGUUUUAUUCUUUUUUUUUACGAAACCAUAAUUUCCCCCCCUUUCUUUGAGCCUCUUCGCCCACGAAAUGAAAGACGACUACAUUGAAGAAGAGGAGGUACAUUCAAUGGGUUACAAAAGGUUUGGAAUUCAGGAAGGGCCUCAGUGUAAUCGAUGUAGAAACAACUGGGCUCUGAAGUUUUCUAUUCUGCUGCUCUAUGUCCUCUGUGCCAUGCUGACUAUUACAGUAGCCAUCUUGGGAUACAAAGUUGUACAGAGAAUGGAUACAGUGACUGAAGGAAUGGAAACAUCACAAAAAAGUUAUACGGAUAAACUAACUGCUGUCGAGACUGACCUGAAAAAGUUAGAUGACCAGUCUGGGAUGAAAGAUCAAAGUACCAGCUCAGAGCUGUCCAAGUUCAAAACUGAUAUUCAGGUCCUUCAGAACCAGCUUAAUGGCAUUGCAGACAACGCCUCCAAAAAUAGAGUUGCACUGGACAAGCUACAGGAGACUGAAUUAUCAAUGACGACCAAUCAUAACUCCCUCAAAAACUUGUUGGAUGGCAAUUCAAAGUCUAUCAGAGCCAUUAACCAAACUUUAUUGACAUACAGUGGAUACAUUAACAACAUGGAGCAAAACACUGGCAAACUACAAAAAGACCUAGAAAAACAGAUCAAAUCUCAGAGCAUCGCAGUAUUAAACCUCAGUCAAAUAAAUCAGACACAGAUUCGUCAAAGGGAUUUAUUCAGUUCGCUGCAGAAAUCUGUCGACGAUACCAGUCAGGCAAUCCAGAAGGUAAGGAAUGAUUGGCAAGCUCUCCAGUACACUGUGUUUCAAGCACAAAAGGACACUGACUGGCUAAAGGAGAAAAUACAGUACCUGCAGCUUCAAGCAGUCAACAACUCUGUCAUGGUGACAGGUAACAGUGACACUUUGGAAGACAUGAAUCAUCAGCUGAAUUCUCUCAGCAGCCAGAUGGCAAAUAUUAGCUUCAUGGCUAACAUUCACGAAGAGAGUCUCAAAGAUCUACAGCAAUAUCAAAAAGCCCAUGAAAAUAAAACAGCCGCUAGUUUUGAACAACUUGAAGCACGCAUGGAUAUAAAUGAAAGAGACAUUGGCUCUAUUAUUGGCAACAUCAGUUGGACUGUGCAACAUCUUCGGUCAUUGACGAACGUCUUGAAUGGUAUUAAAACAAUGUGCACCAACACAUUGAGUCAGCAUGCGGACGAGCUAGUUAUUCUGACCACUAACCUGAACGGUAUUAAUAUGGACAGCUCGCUUAUCAAAGCGCAGCAAAGUGUGAUGAAAGCAAAGUUGGACUUUGAAGUUGGCAACCUGUCCAUGAUAAUGGAAGAAAUGAAACUUGUGGACACAAAACAUGCUCAGCUUAUUCAAAACUUCACAAUUCUGCAAGGUCCUCCUGGCCCAAAAGGUCCCAAAGGUGACAAGGGAUUCCCAGGACCACUUGGCACGAAGGGUGCAAAAGGACAAAAGGGUGACCUUGGAGAAGAAGGAGUUCCUGGACUGAUGGGUCUAAAAGGUGCUCGAGGUGUUCCAGGAAGUAAAGGGGACAAGGGCAAUCAAGGAUACAGAGGGGCGGCCAUGAAAGGUCAAAAGGGUUCAAAUGGAAGACCUGGUGCACAAGGAGCAAAAGGAAGCCAAGGACUGCCGGGUCUGGAUGGCAAAGUAGUUCUUCCAGGACCACCAGGCGAAAAAGGUCAACCAGGAGCAGCAGGAAAUAGGGGCCCACCUGGACCACCAGGCCCAGGAGGACCUCAAGGACCACCAGGCCCAAAAGGACCAUCAGGGGUAAUAAAACCAGUGGGCCUUGUUGGUCAAGUAAGCCAUCCCUAUGGCCUUGUAGGACAAAGAAAUCUGCCUUCAACAGUUUCCCCAAAGCCAAACGGUUGUCCAUAUAAUUGGAGGAGGUUUAAGGCGAAAUGUUACUAUUUCUCCACUGAUCUCGUAGAAUUUGCAGAAGGAAAUAAUCUAUGUAAAAUUAUGUCAUCCAACAUGAUUAUAAUUAAUAACCAAGAAGAACAGCAAUGGGUGAGUAGGCAAAUGAACGGAAUGAAUUACUACUGGAUUGGACUGUCUGACACAGAGGUGCAUAAUGUAUGGAGAUGGGUGGAUGGAACCAUUGCACAGUACACAAACUGGAAGCAAGGACAGCCUGAUAACUGGAAGGAGGGAGGAUCAACAGAAGAUUGUGCUGGCCUUGCUAAUAGUGCAUUAUGGAAUGACUUCUUCUGCACUGACACUAAUCGCGUGAUUUGUGAGAAGAAUGUUGACAAAGAUCAACUUUCCGGGUGAUUGGCCUGAAGAGCACGUCCAGAAUUAUUUGUAGACCAGUACUAGAGGUGGACAUAACCUUUAGAUCCUUCACAAACAAAGGAAACAUUUAAAAAGGAGUUAGAAUGACAGCUACAGACCUAAUGUUCCAAAUGUUGUUACCUCAUACUGCGUGCUGGGACUUCAAUCUUUGAUCUUCCUUCACUUUUAAAGCUAGCCCAAAAUUUAUUUUGUAAAAGAAUAACUAUUAUUUGAUAACAAUAAUUUGUUUAUUAAAAGUAAAUUUAGCAAGAAAAUAUAUUACAGAAUCCAUAUGAACCCAUUUUUAUUUUAUUUUCCCUAAAUACGUAUGCUAAGACAUAAAAAUCUGUAUAUUAAACACAUGUUUAAAAAUAUUUACAGUUUUGCUUACAAAGCUUUCUUGUUUUUAGAAAAAUGUCAACAGAAUAUGGCGUUGUCUAGUAUACAGUGCAAUCUAGAAAUAAUUUCCCACAGUAUAUUGGAAAAAUAAAGACCAAAUCUUACUUUGUUAUCAUCCAGCAGUUAUAAAGAUGAUCUGUUUUAGGCCUUGAAUUUUUCAGCUGUUAUUUAUGAUUUGGUUCAUGGGUCCUUUAUUCAGUUGUCAUCUUUGCCUAUGAAAAUCAGUUUUUUUCAGCUAUUAAAAAAUGUCACGAGGAAAAUACGUCAAUUUUCACUUUCUAUAUUGUAACUAAAUUAGAAACAAUAAUAAAUAAUGAAGACACAAAAUUGUCCAUUA